GACAUACGUUUUCUUUUGGUUUUGCAGGUAGAAUCCCUAGUACUCCAGCACAAACUUUGUCACCCAAACACCGAAAAUGGUCGAAUCAAGCACGUUAGUGAACCAGACAUGGUGGUAUAAUCCAACCGUAGACAUCCAUCCUCAUUGGGCCAAGUUCGAUCCGAUCCCAGAUGCCGUCUACUAUUCAGUUGGUAUUUUCAUUGGUGUUGUUGGCAUCAUUGGAAUCUUUGGUAAUGGUGUUGUAAUCUAUCUUUUCUCCAAAACGAAAUCUCUCCAGACCCCGGCUAACAUGUUUAUCAUCAACCUCGCUAUGUCUGAUUUGUCUUUCUCGGCUAUUAAUGGAUUUCCGCUUAAAACGAUAUCAGCGUUUAUGAAAAAGUGGAUUUUCGGUAAAGUUGCCUGUCAACUUUAUGGUUUGCUGGGCGGUAUCUUCGGAUUCAUGUCAAUUAACACCAUGGCCAUGAUCUCCAUCGAUCGUUACAAUGUCAUCGGUAGACCUAUGGCGGCAUCCAAGAAAAUGUCCCAUAGAAGAGCUUUCCUCAUGAUUAUCUUUGUGUGGAUAUGGUCCAUUGUUUGGUCUGUCGGCCCCGUCUUCAACUGGGGAGCAUACGUCCCUGAAGGUAUUCUUACAUCUUGCUCUUUUGAUUACCUGUCUACUGAUUCUAGUACCAGAUCUUUCAUCUUGUGCAUGUACUUCUGUGGUUUCAUGCUGCCCAUAAUUAUCAUCGCUUUCUGUUACUUCAACAUUGUCAUGUCUGUAUCCAACCAUGAAAAGGAAAUGGCUGCCAUGGCUAAGAGGUUGAACGCCAAAGAAUUGCGUAAGGCCCAGGCUGGCCAGAGCGCUGAAAUGAAACUCGCCAAAAUCUCAAUGGUAAUUAUUACCCAAUUCAUGCUCUCCUGGUCUCCAUACGCCAUCAUCGCUCUUCUUGCACAGUUUGGGCCAGCUGAAUGGGUUACUCCUUAUGCAGCUGAAUUGCCUGUCCUGUUUGCUAAAGCUUCAGCUAUCCACAACCCAAUUGUCUACUCUGUUUCUCAUCCAAAGUUCAGAGAGGCCAUCCAAAACACAUUCCCAUGGCUGUUGACAUGUUGUCAGUUCAAUGAGAAAGAAUGCGAAGAUGCUAACGAAGCCGAGCAAGAAGUUGCACCAUCCGAAGGCGGCGGCGGUGAAUCCGCUGAUGCUGCACAAAUGAAAGAAAUGAUGGCAAUGAUGCAGAAAAUGCAAGCACAGCAGGCUGCCUACCAACAGCCACCUCCUCAAGGCUACCCACCACAAGGCUACCCACCCCAGGGUGCCUACCCACCACAAGGCUACCCACCCCAAGGCGCCUACCCGCCUCAAGGCUACCCACCUCAAGGUUACCCACCCCAGGGAGCACCACCCCAAGGAGAUGCAACCCAAGGAGCACCACCCCAAGGAGUCGACAAUCAGGCUUAUCAAGCCUGAGGGACAGGACUUUAAAGAAUUACUUAGAAUU